AUGAAAGCGUUUUAUCAUAAUCACUACCAUUUUCCUCCUCCUCCUCCUCCUUCUUCUUCUCCUCCUCCUCCUCCUUCUCCUUCUUCUUCUUCUUCUUUAUCAACUACUACUAUUUCUACAGUUUACGCCAUUCACUUCCUCCUUGAUGAUUCGUGUCUAGUUUCGCUUCCUUCUUUUCUCAGUUCUCAGCCAUGGCUGCGUCUUACUGUUGUUGUUUCUUCUUCUUCUUCUUCUUCUUCUUCUUCUUCUUCUUCUUCUUCUUCUUCUUCUUUCGAGUUCUUUUUCUUCUUCUUCUUCUUCUUCUUUUUUUUAUUUUCUUCUUCUUCUUUAGUUACUGUUGUUGUUCUUCUUCUUCUUCUUCUUCUUCUUCUUCUUCUUCUUCUUCUUCUUCUUUUCUUCUUCUUUCAGGUUUUUUCUUCUUCUUCUUCUUCUUCUUUCGAGUUCUUUUCUUCUUCUUCUUCUUUCGAGUUCUUUUUCUUCUUCUUCUUCUUCUUCUUCUUCUUUCGAGUUCUUUUUCUACUCUCCUUCUUUCGUUUCUUUCUCUUCUUUUUUACUUCUCUUUUUCUUCUUGUUCUUUUUCUUCUCUUUUACUACUCAUCUUCUUUUCUUCUCCUUCUUCUUCUUUCGACUUCUUUUUCUUCUCUUUUUCUUCUCUUCUUUCGUUUUUUUUAUUUUCUUUUACUUAUCUUCUUCAUGUCUUCUUCUUUCGUCUUCUUUUCAUCUGUUUUUCUUCUCUUCUACUUUCGUCUUCUCUUUCUUCUUUCGUUUUAUUCUCUUUUUCUUCUCUUUUUCUUCUUCUUUUUCCUCAUCCUCUUCUUCUUUUCAUCUUCCUAUUCUCUUCUUCUUUUUUCAUUCUUCUUUUUCUCCUGCUUCUUCUCUUUUUCUUUUUUCUCAUUAUUCUCUUCUUUUUCUUCUUAUUUUUUCUUCUUCUUCUUCUUCUUCUCUAUUUCUUAUUCUUUUCUACUUCUUUCCUUCUUCUCUGCUCCUUUCUUCUUCUAUUUUCUCUUUCUCCUUCUUCUUUUUCUUCUUCUUCUUCUUCUUCUCCGCCUCCCCCUCCUCCUUCAGUAUUUUUCAUAUCCUUGCCAUGUCUUUAUCGUCUUCUUUAUCAUCUAUUGA